CUUAAGUUCAUUCAUUUGUGGGCGACUAACUAGGUUAAAUGAUGUUCUCAUUUGUAAUUGGACGGCGAUAGCAAGUUGCAGUCGGAUUUGCAUUAGACCGGUCACGUCAGCGAGGGGGCGGAGGGGAAUUUCCCCGGUGAAUUUUACCAAACUCACGGGGUUGUCUUGCAGCUUUGUAACCAGGACAUUUCAGAGUGAAGACAGAAGUUACACAUCGGAAUCAUUCUGUGGUCUGCAGCAGGGCCGCGGGGCAAAUGGCCAUGGACGUGCGAUGUCACUUGCCUGUUAUGUCAAGACCUCCCCUUCAAGGUGAACCUUAUGCUGAAAUGGUUGAACAGCCCAAGCCACGUGGUAUGCGUUUCCGAUACAAGUGUGAAGGGCGAUCAGCUGGUAGCAUUCCUGGGGCAAACACCAAGGAUAACAAUAGAACAUAUCCUGCCAUACAGGUUGUGAAUUACUUUGGAAGAGUGAGAGUUUUGGUUACUUUGGUAACAAAGAGCGAACCUUUCAAACCCCACCCUCACGACUUGGUUGGGAAGGACUGCAAAGACGGGUUCUAUGAAGCUGAGUUCGGUGCUGAACGUAGAAUUUUGUGUUUUCAGAACCUGGGCAUUCAAUGUGUGAAGAGGAAAGAAGUGAAAGAUGCCAUUCUGUUUCGCAUUCAACGCCAACUCAACCCCUUCAAUGUUCCACAGGAAGAGCUGCUUCAAAUCGCAAGCUAUGACCUGAACGUGGUGAGGUUGUGCUUCCAGGUGUUUCUCCCCGAUGAACAUGGCAGCUUCACAAGAGCUCUUCCACCAGUUGUUUCCAACCCUAUAUUUGACAACAGGGCACCAAACACGGCAGAAUUGAAAAUUUGUCGUGUCAAUAAGAACACUGGAACUGUCAAGGGAGGAGAUGAAGUUUUUCUAUUGUGUGACAAGGUUCAAAAAGAUGACAUUGAAGUUCGCUUCUUUACUACUAACUGGGAGGCUAAAGGGUCGUUUUCCCAAGCUGAUGUCCAUCGGCAGGUUGCCAUUGUUUUUCGAACACCAGCAUAUUGCCAAACUAAUAUCACCGAGCCUGUAUCAGUGAAGAUGCAACUUCGCAGACCUUCGGAUCAAGAAGUCAGUCAGCCUAUGGAGUUCCGAUACCUGCCAGAUGAAAGAGAUAACUAUUUUUCUGAAAAAAGAAAGAGGACGGCAGAUGUUUUCCAAAAAAUAUUGCAGGAUUGGGCACCAGAUGUACAAUUGAGCCAAAACCGAGCAGACAAGAUCUCUGUUGGUGUACCUUCCAUGAGAAGACCGUAUCUACCCUCAAACGCAAUUAAACAAGAGCCUCACAAUCUAUUUUCUGGACUACAACAGAUGCAUGCAGCAUCAACAUCACAGCAGCAUUGCAAGAACCAAAAUCCUAACAUUUAUAACAGCACAGUUACUGCAAAUUCAAACCAGAUCUUCUCGUCUAGCCAGCCAACAAUAGUACCUGCAGCCAUAUCAACAGCUGGUGCUCAAAGCUGGUCUCAAAUGCCUGCAGAUUGCAAAAUGGAAUUGCACCUUCACCCAACGGGAAAUAGUAAUGCAUUACCAGUGCUUGAUGAAGAUGUGCUGAAAUGUUUGGAACCACCUGCCCAGAACUGUGUGUUACAAUCGGCGGGCUUUAUUCAUGACACUGACAGCAAUGGCAUCGCAACUCAACAGAUCCAACAGCCUGGUGUUUACAGUAGAGCUGAUACUAUCGUCAGUCAAAGCCCUCGCAUUGGUAUGCAGAUGCUUUCCAAUAACUGCAUGAACCAUAAUGAGAUGCAUUUGGUAAAUACAAACUGCGAGCAAGCCGUGUCCAUGUCGGAUCUCUGGAAAUCAUCGAGUCAGCAACCACCUUAUUCCAACCAGGGUGUCCAUUUGGCAAAUAAUACCAUGGGGAACAACGCUGCCGUCAAAACUGCUCAAGCAAAUUUGCAACUGCCUGUUAGCAUGUGUGUUAAUGGUGUCUUUGGAGAUUUGAACAAGGACCUGGCUUUCAAUGGAGGCAUGCAGAUAACGGACCUCAUGGCAAGUGAUUUAUACAGUGUUGAUGGAGCUGAAGGGAGUGAAUGUACAACCUCAAUCUCUGACCAUGUAGACCUGGAGUUCAUUAACAAUGGAAACCUCUGGAGAUACUGAAUGUUUCUACCAAGCAAAUUCGAAACAAACGCUUGGGAAAAACCAGUUGCCGUCUACAGCGCGGAUUGAAUAUAGAUACAUUCCUCAAAGUCAUUUGUUUAUAUACACUGCAGUACAAAAUAACUGCUUUAUGCUUUGUCUCAUUUUUAACAUCUGGUUGAUUCUUUUUUUUGAUCAAUGAUCAUAAAUUUUAUGAUUGACGCAACACAGCAUUUUAACGUGUGUUAAUCACACAUCAUCACGGUUUUUUAGAAAAUGCACAAUAUCACUAUCUGACCUGCUGCAAUAUCCCUAGCUCAUGAAGUUCAAUGGGUUGAAAGAAUUGCCAGGCAGACGAAUCGUGAAGCUUGUCUCGGCCAAAAUGAUUUGAUACAGCCACCUAGAGUAUGCCAGCAGACUUAAAAAUCUUACACCUGGUUUGUGCACAAUAUUGGAUAUUAUCUCAUGAACUGCUUCCCAGUUACCGAGGAAUGGAGGUUUACCAUUUGACUGUUUUAAAAAAAUAUAUUCGUUGAAACCUGGGUUGUAUAAUUAUAAGCAAAAUCUUGUUUGAAGCUUUUAUUAUGGUUUUAACAAUUUUGCGGCCAACUUUACAUGCAACUCCAAAUAUACUGCAGCUUGUAGGAUAUGAAAGAAUCCUUGAUCUUCAGUAAUAAUAAUUAUAAGAGAAAAUUAACUGGAAUCUUACAGAAUAUGAAUGUAUACAUUUUCACCUUGGCUUUCUUGUGAUGUUCUAAGCAUUUGUAACGAGAGGACCUCUCUUCUCUCUCUCGGCAAACUGUGGGGAAUGAGAGUAUUUUGGUGGUGCAGAACAUUGCAAAGUGUCGGUGUAAUCUGAGAAACCAAAAUACUGAAGGCUGUUCAAGAUUUGGCUGGUCACAACUUUCAGUAAGAAAUACAGGUUUUAGGUUGAAAUAGAAGCAGCAACAAUGAAACCAACGGAAGAUGAUGAGGCCAGAAUGAGAGGAGAGAAAAUCUGAAAUGGAGUGACAGCCCAAACUUCAAAUGAAAAAUGAAAGGGAAAACAAUUCCAUGAAUUGUGAUUUGGCAAAGAAUAUGUUUCUCCCUCUUAAAUUCUCCGAAAAGAGAGAGCAGACGCAUCUUUCGUAUUAUUCGCCAGGUCUUCAAUUUGGCCUGGAUUGUGUCGAGCUGUGCUCCAACUGUUGGGAAAACUACAAAGGCAUGUUCCUCUCUAAGAGCAACCUUCUAACCAUUUGGGGAUGCAUUGAAAGCUAGGUUUAAGGGGAUCCUCCACCAUCAGAAAUAAACUCGUUGAUGUAAAUAAUGGAGUUAAUAGCCCAAACAGGAAAUGUCCGAGUCUGAAGAAGAUUGUCUCGAACCGAGACUUCACCUAUUCCUUUUCGCCAGAGAUGCUGUGUGACCCGCUGAGUUACACCCAGCUUUUUGUGUCUAAUGUCAGAGACUAUGUCGGGUGAACAUACUAAAAGGUGCUAUGAAUGUGAAUACAACCACACAUAGCUUGAGUGGUAGAAAAAUCCACAAGUAUGUAAACCAAGUGACAAUGUCUGAGACUCAGAUGGCCAAGAUGUGCUAAAAAUCUGGAUGAAAUGUUGCACUAUUUAUUGGAGAAAAGAUACUACUGAUCUGCUGGAAUAUAAUAAGAAUGUGUAGAUGAACUUGGUUUCACACCGGUACUUCCAGCGGCGGAAGUCCGCAGGAACUGGAGGACAGAUGUGUUGUGCGCCCGUCACCGUUAGAAACCAGCACCACUGCGUCGUUAAUGUUUUCAAUUAUGAUGAAAAAAUGAAGUAGUAAUGCUGCUCAAGAAGCAUCAAAGAAAGACCCUGACUAUUGAGAAAGAGACCUUAAGUCUUGUACUAUCUUGUCAACAACUUGAGGUCAAUGCCAUAAGCAGUAAUGGAGUAAUGUGAUAGGCGUUAGAGUACCCAGCUACCAGUGUCCUUUAUAAAGGUGCAACAUGAAUCAGCAAUGGCUGUUUUAUUGGAGUUUUAUGCUGCAAACUUUUGCACAAAAAUCUUGUACGUUGCAAGAUAAAACCAAGAUUGCAUAUGCGGUUAAAAACAGAAUCAUGGAAAAACUGAGACCGGGUCGAAUCUGUGGAGAAAGAAGCAGUUAUGCUUUCAUGUUUAUGGCCUUUCAUCAAAAAAAUUAUUUCUGAAUCGUCUCAUGAAUUGUUUGCAGAAUAUAUGAUCCCAUUUGAUUUGUUCUGAUGCAAGGUCAUUGAACUGAAAAGUUAACUCUUUCUCUUUCUGUAGCGACUGCAGGAUCUGCUCAGUUCCUCCAGUGUUUUGUUUCUGUUCUAGAUUUCGAGCAUCUGUGUUUUUAUUUUGCUAUUAUGAAUGUCUGUCUAUAGUCUAAUAAUUGAAAGAAAAUAAAAAGCGACGAAUAUGGUGCCUAUAUAUUGUACAGAAUAUACUGGUGAAAAUGCUUUCAUUAAGAACGUGAUGCAUGUGAGUAGGUUUUUAUUACAACCUAAUAAAGGGCCUGUCCCACGAUGCAAGUUCACCCAAGAGCUCUCCCAAGUUUAAAAAAAUAAUCAAGCUCGUGGUACCUCAUCACGAGUAUUUUUACUCUUGGAAAUUUUUCACACUGUUGAAAAAACUUUGAGUUUCCCGAGUACCUGCCGUUAGCAUUACGAGACAUCCACGAGCUCCGAAGUACCCGCUACAUACAUUCUAUGUACUUACCACGAGUUUGAUUUUUUUUUUUUUAAACUCUGGAGAGUUCUUGGGUGAACUUGCAUCUUACACAGGCCCUUAACUGUUCUCAGAAGAUGUGUUGCCACCUUGUAUAUCCAUUGGAGACAUACGGAUUUCUUCCCGAAUGGUGGCUUUCCCUCUACCACUGGAUAGCGCCGAUGACCAGGUCAUUGAUCAUCUCAUCAAUCUCUCGCACAUCUCCUCUUAUCCCAUGUCCUGCACAGAGCAGAGACUGAGUUUCCUUCGCCCUUGCCUUUCACCACACUGCACUCCACAUUCAAUAAGUCAUGCUUCACAAUCUUUGCUGGCUUCAACAAGAUUCCAGCAGCCCUCAGUCGCACAUUCCCCUCUCCAUUCACAAAAUCAAAAGGAUCACUUCCUGGUCACUAAGGAAGCAUCCACACCAAUUGCACGGGUAUGCACUAACAAAAUCGAACAUUUGUAAAUCAGCAAAGCUGAAAUAUCAAAAAUCUUGUAUUGGUUCAUUCGUCACAUGUUUAAAUUAUAAUUUUUUUAUUUUUUACUUGUCUACUGUAUAUCGUUGCUUGCGAGCAAAACACCAGGUCAAAUUCCACUGUAUACAUACUUGCCUAAUAAAAUGAAUUCAAUUCACGUAAUAUUUAAUGAGAUGCGGUGAAAAAACAUUGUUUUGAGUGCGAUCUUGAACCUUUUGCUGCCACUAUCGAAAUCCUAUUGUUUGACUGUAUAAGCAUUCAUUAUAUUACAUCUCUAUCACCACUUUAACAGUGUAGUCAACGCUGUGAUUGUGGUUAGUAAUAAUCUUGAUGAAUUGUGAUCGGUUCCUAGUUUUAGAUUUAAGUUCUCAAAGUGAUAGAAUGACGUUCAUUAGAAAAUUAGAUUUUAUGAAUUUUGAUUGUAAAGUUGUAAUUGUAUAAGGGGCUUCCCUUAAUGUUUGUAAUGACUGUGUCAGCCUAACUACUCACAAGGAAAGUUCUCAACUUAAACCCUGAUUUUUGGUAAUUUGAAUGUAGAAUUGUAAUAUUGCUUGCUGUAAUUACUCUUUAUAGGCAGUAUAGAUUUUUAAACCAGUACUUCACAAGCACUUGAUGUUAUCCCCCUUUCCCACCACCACUCAAAUCUUAUUUACUUUGACGUUCAAAAUGCUUUAACAUAUAAUUACUGUCAUUAUUAACUUUGUUUAAGAUAGAACUGCAAAUGCUGGAAAGACACAGCACAGGCUUGGCCAUUGCUUCGCAAUAACCAACCUGAUCUCCCGGUGGCUCAGCACUUCAACUCCCCCUCCCAUUCCCAAUCCGACCUUUCUGUCCUGGGCCUCAUCCAUUGCCAGAGUGAGUCCCACCACAAAGUGGAGGAACAGCACCUCGUAUUUCGCUUGGGUAGUUUACACCCCAGCGGUAUGAACAUUGAUUUCUCCAAUUUCAGGUAGUCCCUGCAGUAGCUACAGAAAGAGAAAUAGUUAACUUUUCAGUUCAAUGACCUUGCAUCAGAACAAAUCGAAUGGGAUCAUAUAUUCUGCAAACAAUUCAUGCAAACAAUCCUCCCUCCCCUUCCCAGCUCUCCCACAGCCCACUGUCUCCGCCUCUUCCUUUCCUCCCCCCUCCAUCUGAAGAACGGUCUCGACCCGAAACGUCGUCUAUUCCUUCUCUCCAUAGAUGCUGCCUCGCCCGCUGAGUUUCUCCAGCAUUUUUGUCUACCUUCUGUCAUUAUUAACUUUAUUUUUUUUGUAUCUUUCAAAUAAAAUUUGUUUGAAAUCUA